ACGAAAACAAGCAGCAAACAAACAUCCUCAAAUGAUUGCCCGAAUAAAACAAAAUCUGCUGCCUGCAUGGUUAUUUUUGUAUUAAAUAAUAAUUUAUUUUAUUUUAUUUUUGUUUGACAAAAUAAGUGGAUUCAUAAAUUUCUUGUUGUAACAUCACACAAAAAAUUGGUAAAUUUAUCCCUCGGCCCUCCCCCUUCAUAAUACCCUACAUACAAUGGAAGCUGAAUUACUAUCAAAAUUGAAGGCUGGACAUGUGACUGAUUUUUGGACCUGGUUGAGCAAACAGCCGACAAAGCCGUUAAACAAAAUCUUUAUUACUGGUCAAGUUGCAUUAUCAAAUUACCGACCAUCGUGUGAUGUCCCCCACUUAUUUGCUCUUGUUCAUCUCCUGACUGAAUCUGGCACGUCGGCUGAAGAGGAAGAAAAUGUCAAGUGCAUCUUCAAGAAAUAUAUUCAAGCUGGGUGCAACAUAAAUCAAACUACCGACACCCUACCAUCCACCAAGAGAUCGAGGAAAGGAUUCACCCCACUUCUCCUCGCAAUCGAACAAAGAAAAUGUCUGGUCACUAAGGUCCUUAUCGAAUUAGGGGCAGAUGUCAACAUUUCGGAUUUCGUGGGUUAUUCGCCGCUCUAUUGGGUAGCACUGGUUGCCUCGAAUGUAGAAAUGAUGAAAUGUUUGUUGGACAACGGGGCCGAAAUCGUGAAUGACGGUCACGGGGAUGUUCGUCCUCUUCUUCAUGUUGCGGUCGAUGAAGGCCGUGUCGUCAUAGUGGAUUAUCUCCUCGGAAUCGGCUUAAAUGUCAACACUCCGUCGGUGUACGCCGUUUUGCAAGAGCAAUACUGGUGUGCGUGUGACACCAAAUCCCGUUAUGACUGUGGAGUUUUGAAUCAGUAUCGUCGCGAUUUAGCAAUCACGCCUCUUGGUCGAGCAGUCCGUAUGAAAAAACUUGACGUUCUCAGUGUCCUUUUGCGUCAUCCAGACUCGAUAGUUUCAUUGGAUGACCUUCACUACUGUAUUCUCGAAGGGGAUUCCCAAAUGGCUAAUAUGAUCAUGCCGAAAGUGGAAAAGAAAUUGUUAAAAUGUGAUAAAGUUCAGGGAACCGACAUACUCAUUCUACAUCAACUCGGAUCUCGAGCAUUUGACUUUGAAUGUAAUGAAACGAAACAGCUAAUUCAAACUUAUGUGGAGCAUGGAUUUGAUAUCAAUUCUACAAGUACGAUCAAAGAAGAUUUGUCCUUCAUCGAAAGUACUCUCCUUUUGAGUGCAAUUAAAAACAAUCCAAUGAAUUUUGAAUUAAUGCAUUUCUUGGUUACUCUUGGAGCUGACCCUUUCAUAAAAAUCGGGCCGAAAAGUGCCUUCAACAUCGCAACGUCACGAAAUGACAUCAAAAUGGCAGAGGUCUUCAUGAAUGCCAGAAUGGACAUUUCAAAUCGGAUGAAAGAAUUUGAAGAUAUUUUCCAAAUGCGCGUAAAUGAUAAAAUGUCUCAACUAAAUUAUAUCAAGACGUUCGUGCCAAAUGUUCAACUGGAUUGCAAACAUUUAUUCAAAUCAACGGAAAGCGGAAAUGAAUUUUUAGUAGAGUUUAUAUUGCAAAUGAUGCCAAAAGAUUCGUCCCUUUUCAUGAGACAGAAUUAUUCCAAAUUAAUCGGUAAUUUGGAAACUGAAGAGGAAAUGCCCACGUUACUCGAAAACUUUGUGGAAAAAAGCCUCGGAAAUUGGGAAACUAUAGAAUACGUUUGCCUGCCGUCUGUAAUGCAAGUUGUUCGUGGGUUCCUCACUCGUGGAUAUGAUCUUUACCAAAACCAGACGAAGCCAUUAACCAGCACAAUAGUUAAUGCUACUCUAUAUCUACCAAGUUCCCAACAUGACGACGCCCUCAUUUUAUUUAAGGAGUUACUGUCAUUUCCAAAAAUUAAUUGGGCUCCAAAACCUAGUAGAGCAUAUCCUCUACCAAUCAACGGAGUAAUUCAAAAACUGUCUGUCUGUCCACUUGCAGUUCGCCUAGGUCAGCAGAACAAUCUUGCAUUAUUUCGUGAAACUGGAGAUGAUGAUCAAGACUUGCAUUUUGAUGAUGAAUACUCUCCAAUUUAUCCAAGAAUGUACUCCUCACGUUGCAUCGAACCUGAGUCUACCGGAGUCGUAAUCUUGGAGAGUUUACUGGACAAUGGGGUAUAUGCGGAUCAUAUCAAUUUGACAAACUUGUUAAAAUGUCACCCUUGCUUAAUCCAAUAUUUGCAAGUUUUAAAGAAAUUGUGGUGGGCGGGUGGAGAGAUGGAUUUUUAUGAAAUUGAAAACUUAUUUGAUGACGCCGUUCUGCAGCUGAUUGGAAAAGAGGAGUUGGUAUUGAAUUUUAGGGAAUGGAUGAAAAUUGGGAAACAAAAGAAUUGUACACUUCAACGUUUUGUGGGGAUAUGUAUCCGAAAAUCGAUGAAAUAUCAUAAUAUGGAUAAUCUGAUGUGCCAUGUCCUUCCUACAAGAGCAAUAAAAGAGCUAAUGACCUCACCCGACUGAAUUCUGCAACGAAGCAUUUUUGGUUAAAGAUUCGUUAAUUAUUUCUACCAUAUAAUAUUUUCUAAUUGUUUUGAUAUUACAUAUUCAAUCAGUCAAUUAAUAUUUUUUUUAACUAAUGCAAUAGUAGUAAAACUCAUAGUGUGUAGCCAAAGUUUGGUUGUUAUUAAUAAAAUAAUAGAGGUGGGUAGCACCCCUACAACCUUUUUGAUUUUUUCGACAGAUUUUGCUCAUCUUCGAAGUCGAUUUGAUAAGCUACUGAUUACGAGCGUAAUCAAUAGACAGACAGACAGAUAAGCCCUCACUCGGCUAAAAAUAGUACUAACAAAUUUAUUUGUACGUAAGUUUGGUAUUUGGUGUUAAUCUAAAAUAAUAUAGGUAUUAAAAUAACACUAUUUUAGGUAAUUUUAAAAAUGACUUGUUGUCUAAUUUAUAAGUCGUAAAAAAAUAAAAUUACAUUGAUCACGA